AUAGAAUAGAAUGCUUUUCGAAAGUGACAAGGAAUCGGAGGCCACUCCAGGGAAACCUACAAAAGAUCGGCAGUAUCAGUGAAGCUGUUGCCGGAUGAUACCAGUGCUUAUUCCCAACCCCUUUAUUACCUUGCCUCUCUUCUAAUCUAAAUCUGGCCCAAGGGAGAGAGCGGUGGUGAGAGGCACAGAGGGGUUUGUUUUGCCUUGGCUUGGCCUCCCCUCCAUCGCUGCAUUACAUCCGAGGGCACUCCAUCUCUUGCGUCCCUUAACCCCUCCCCCAAUCCAACCCAAUCCCCUCCGUGCCUUAACCCCGCCCCGAAUCCAGCCUUCGAAGCUUCCUCUUCCUCCCGGGGCUCUGUUCUUGGUACUUAGGACAAGGUAAAGAUUUUUUUUCCCCAUCAUCUGGUUCUUCUCGUCGGUGCUGCUGUGUUAUUCAGUUUGAUUUAACCUGUCAGAGGUUCAGAGCACUGCGAUUGCGAUUGCGAUUUGAGAGUGCUCUGGCCAUCUUCACCAGCUGCAUAGCCACCCUCUUUCCCGGGUCGUCCCCCUGUUAUCUUCUUCCGGGUCUGAUGGGUGACCAUCUCGCGUUGCUCGUGGACCGGCUGCUGACGGAGUCGACGCUGGAAGCAGCGAUCGGCGGCGCGAAGCGGAUGGUCGAUCUGCAUCCGGAGGCGGUGGCCGUCGAGUACUGCCAUCGCGGCGUAGGCGGCGGCGGCGGCGGCGGCUCAGCGAGUAAGAUGGUGGAGUGCAGGAUUUGCCAGGAGGAGGAUUGGGACUCCAGCAUGGAGGCACCCUGCGCCUGCUGUGGCAGCCUCAAGUACGCACAUCGGAAAUGCAUUCAGCGUUGGUGCAAUGAGAAAGGCGACACCAUCUGCGAAAUAUGUCUGCAGCAAUUCAGGCCAGGUUAUACUGCCCCGCAGCAGCUUUUCCACUAUGGAAGCAUACCAAUGAACUUCAGAGGGAACUGGGAGAUAGCCCAUCAAGAUCUCGAUGAUGCCCAGAUAAUAACAAUGGUGCCGACAGAGCGUGAUUUCAUGAACAGUUAUGAGGACUACCUUCCUAUUAGGACAAGAAGCAGCACUCUGUGUUGCCGGACAGUCGCCGUAAUUUUCAUGGCACUCCUAGUCCUUCGCCACACUCUUCCUCUCAUGGUCGGUGGAAAUGGGGAGUACUCAUUGGCCUUGUUCUCACUUCUUGUGCUGAGGACCGCUGGAAUCCUAUUCCCAAUCCUGCUGAUGGUCAGAGCCUUGGCAAACUUCCAUCGUCGACGGCAGCAGCAGGAAAGACGGGAAACAUAUAUAUCAUCAUCAGAAAGCGAGGAGGAAGAGGAAGGGGAAGAGGAAGAAGACGACACAGUUACCAAUUCUGCACGAUCAAAUUACUUGCAACCUCGCAUCAUACCAGUCUACUGACAGGACCAAGAACAUGCCUUCCAACCUCCAAUCUGACAGGAAAUUCCAGCGCCUCUGGAGCUGACAGAAGCAAGAAUGCUCACAAGAAAAAGAAACCCAAAAAAAUGAGUAUAUGAUGACAUAGUAAGAUAGUCCGAAGCCACUCGCUUCUAUGCGCAUAGAGAAGAAUGCAGUGGCCCUGUUACUCCUGUACAUAUGAGAAAGUAGCAGACUAACUUGUCACUUGCGAGCUUCUACUACAGAAAGUUCGGCCUACCCUUGUAUACUGAAGAUAUUAUGUUGCCAAAAGUACUUACAAAUGGAAGGAAUUAUUUUUCAGUUUCCGAAUUUA